CUCCCUCUGGGAAUGUGCUGCUGUGGAUACCAAGGAUACGUAAAAACAGGCAAUAAGUGAGCAGCUCCAGCUUUCAGACAGACUAGCUAUUGCGUGUCUGUGCUUUGUACUUUAUUUUCUUUUUCAGGCGCGGUUUUCCGCCCCGGCGCCGCGGGCGGUGCCGAAUGUGCGGCGGUGAAGCGCCAGGCCGGUAAACAGAGCCGGGUGAGGCGAUGGCGGCGGGCGGGCUGGCGGGGCUGCUGCCCGCCCAGACACAGCUCGAGUACGCGCUGCUCGACGCCGACACCGCCCAGGAGAAGGAGAACCUGGUCUACCAGUACCUGAAGAAAAUGGACAGCCGCGAGCGGGACCUGACGGUGCCCGAGCUCGGCGGAGAUCUGCAAUGGUUAAACACUGAAGGUCCUAUUUCUCUUCACAAAGACCUUUGUGGAAAAGUUGUGGUGUUGGAUUUCUUCACUUACUGCUGCAUCAAUUGCUUGCACCUGCUGCCUGACCUCCACGCCUUAGAGCACCAGUACUCUGAUAAAGAUGGUCUUGUUAUUGUUGGUGUCCAUUCAGCGAAAUUUCCAAAUGAAAAAGUUCUGGAUAACAUUAAAAGUGCUGUUCUGAGAUACAAUAUUGUCCACCCUGUAGUAAAUGAUGCAGAUGCAACACUGUGGCAUGAACUAGAAGUGUCCUGCUGGCCAACUCUGGUCAUUCUUGGGCCUCGUGGAAAUAUGCUGUUUUCUCUUGUUGGAGAGGGACACAGAGAGAAAUUGUUUUUAUUUACUUCUAUAACUCUGAAAUUCUACAAGGAAAGAGGGCAAAUCAAAGAUAACAAUAUUGGAAUAAAGCUGUACAGAGACUCCCUUCCACCUUCUCCUCUGCUGUUUCCUGGCAAAGUGACUGUAGAUGAUUCAGGAGAAAGGUUGGUCAUAGCAGACACUGGACAUCACAGGAUUUUGGUCACUCGUAAAAAUGGACAAAUUCUACACAUCAUUGGAGGUCCAAACAGUGGAAGGAGAGAUGGAGGAUUUUCAGAGGCAGCUUUCAACUCACCACAAGGGAUCGCUAUAAAAAAUAAUGUUAUUUAUGUAGCUGAUACAGAAAAUCACCUAAUUAGAAAGAUAGACCUGGAGCUGCAGAUGGUGACCACUGUAGCAGGCAUUGGGGUACAAGGUGUUGAUAAGGAAGGUGGAGCAAAAGGAGAAGAGCAGCCCAUCAGCUCUCCGUGGGAUGUGGUCUUUGGAAGUUCAAUUUCAGGGACGCAGGAAGAUGAUGUGUUAUGGAUAGCAAUGGCAGGCAUUCACCAGAUAUGGGCACUGAUGCUGGAAGGUGGAAGACUACCAAAGGGAAGUGACUUAAAGAAAGGAGUCUGCCUGCGCUUUGCUGGGAGUGGCAAUGAGGAGAACAGGAACAACGCUUACCCACACAAGGCAGGGUUUGCCCAGCCCUCGGGGCUCUCCCUGGCCCCAGAGGAGCCCUGGAGCUGCCUGUUCGUGGCCGACAGCGAGAGCAGCACCGUGCGAACCAUCUCGCUCAAGGACGGCGCCGUGAAGCACCUUGUAGGAGGAGAGAGAGACCCAUUGAAUUUGUUUGCUUUUGGUGAUGUGGAUGGAGCAGGCAUAAAUGCAAAGCUGCAGCAUCCCUUGGGAGUAACAUGGGACAAGAAAAGAAAGCUGCUUUAUGUGGCAGAUUCCUAUAAUCAUAAGAUUAAGGUUGUGGAUCCCAAGAUGAAGAACUGUGCUACCCUGGCAGGCACAGGAGAAGCAGGCAAUGUUGUUGGUUCCAGCUUUACUCAGUCAGCUUUCAAUGAACCAGGAGGUUUGUGUGUUGAAGAAAACGGCCGCCUGAUGUAUGUUGCAGACACAAAUAAUCAUCAGAUUAAAGUGCUGGAUUUGGAAACAAAAAUUCUUUCCAUGUUGCCUAUCGUGAAGCCAGAAGCAUGUGAUGUUCCAGAUAACCUGCCUGUGCAAAAGGAUAAAAUAACAAACCUUCCAAGACUGCCUAAAUCUGCACCAAAUAUUCAACUUCCUUCUCUAACUGUAGCUCCUGGCCAGAUAAUUCAGUUUUUAUUAAAGUUGACUCUUCCUCCGGAUUCAAAACUGAAUGAAGAAGCUCCCAGUGCCUGGUUUAUCACAGCAGAAGAUAACACCUGGUUGCUGCAAGGACAGUGUCCGACAGGAGAAAUAAAGGAUGUUUCCUGUCAAACUGUCAUUCCCUUUCAGUUGCCUGGGAGCUGUGUGUCAGCUGAAGCCACCCUGGCCAUCAAAGCGUGCCUCUACUACUGCAGCAAAGGUAGCAGUGCCUGUAUGAUGGCAGGAGUCUCGUUCAGCCAGCCCUUGCAGGUCACUGGCACAGACCAAGGCAGCUCAGCUCAAGUGGAACUGAUGCACACCUUUGUAACCAACUAACACAAAGCCAGCUGAUUUCACACUUGAUUUUGCUGUCCACAAUUUCUGUGAAAGUACAAAUAGAUUAUUCGCUCUGUUUUUUCCUGGAGCUUAUGACAAAGCUAAGAAAUAAUAUGCUUGUUAAAAUGAAGUAGGUUUCCCUACAGCCUAACAGGAAAAUUUAUCAUCACAACCUCAUUUCUUUACAUUACAGUAACAGCAAUAACUUUGUAAUACCGUAGAUUCUGUUGCCAAUUGUGAGCAUACUGGAUGUCUGCUAGUCUUAAGAAGUGAGCAACAAUUUUUAGAGUCCAUUUGAAAGAGCUGGAGUUAUUUUGUGAUGUUACUGUAAGAUUUUGCACUGUAAAUAGUGUUAGAGUAGAUCAUUUUGGACUAACACUUCAAAAUUCCUUUUGUGCCCUUAUUACAUUUUAAUAGAAUGUCAAAAGGAAGUUUUUCUCCAAUCUGUAAAAGAAGUAUCUUGCUUAUUCUUCUUUAAUGACACUUCUGACACGUGUAUUUUGAAAAUACACCUUAAACUAGGUGCACCUCUAGUUUUAUGCAAACUGAGCAUUUUGCUUUAACUCAACAUGACCGCCUUACAUGAAGAGCAAAAGUUCUUGGGGAAUUUUCUGUGAAAGGAAGCAUUCAAGUUCCUGCAGAAGAAUUUCAUGCUGAUUUUUAACAAAGAAUGUGCCUCUGCAAUAUGUAUAUGUAUAUAAAAUAACUACCACAAAGCCAUGCUGCAGCUUUUCUGAUACACACCAAUUUAUAUUUUUUAGAAAGUGGUAGGUAAUGGUUGAAUAUCUACUGCAAAAAUUAAAUGUCA